GAAUGCUAAAAAAAAUGUUAACGGAAUGUUUCACUCGACGCGAAUUUGUUUUUCUACUGAAAUAGUUCAAUAAUCUAGCUGUUUUGUUGUGUUUUAAAUUAGAAAACCCACUUGCAAUGACCAGCACCUCCGUUUUCGAGAGCGAAUCCUUCAACCGACGGUUAGUGGAGAAGCUCGUCGAACAACGGGACCAAAUCCUGGGGGGAAGAGCCGACAGUGACGCGGCGUCCGUAUGGCAGCAGAUUGCCCUGGAACUGUCCCAAGACUGGGAGCUGGAUUGUGGUGAUUUGCGAUGGCAGGACCUGAGCCGGUACUUUCGGUGCAGUUUGGUGCUCAAGCUAAGCCACCGGAAGUGGACCAUGGAUCAGGGAUUGAUCGAUCGGCUGCAGUAUCCCUACUUGAGGAAAGUUUACGUGAUCACGAUACAGUUUUACAGGAAAUACUGUGCGAAAAGAAUGGCAGAGAAUAGCAGCGAGAUUGAGGAUAACAAGCUGUUUAUCAAAUACACGAUGGAUGGCCGGUUCGAUCCGGAUGUGGUGUCGGCGUUCAAGCGACGGAGUAGAAAGGGCGUGCGAAUCUAUGUGAACAUCAAUGUGGAUGAUCCUGUUUACAAUUUGCCGGACGAUGUGAAAAAGCUUCUGCUCCAGAUGGAGCACCACCGAAGGGAGCGUUUCCAUAAGAUCAUUCCUUCCGAUGAGGCGAGGGAAAGCUCUCCGGUCCUGCUGGAUGGUGUUCCGGUGCCAAUUGAAAAUAGAAGUCCUGCUGCUGAAAAGGAUUUCUCUCCUCGGGACCUACUCGAAAAGGAAUCGUUCUCGGUGAACACCCAGGAGUACGAUGAGAUUAUCAAAGAAUCUCUGGAACGGGAAACACCGCCCAUCCCCAAGAGACGACGCCUGGGGAGUUUCAGUCCGGGGUGUGUCGAGGUGUGGCUGGAGACGUGUGAAAUGCAGAGUCCCGCGAAAUCGUGUCUGGUCGUCAGCCCCCAGGAUGAUCCGCUACAUAUGUCCACCCGGAUUUCUCUUUCCGAGCCACAGUUUAGGCCAGCAACUGGUGUGGACAUAAGUCAGGCCUGUGCGGCUGUAGAAUUGGUUAGAAGCCAACCUCCGACGCUGAUCAUGGCUAGCCAACUGGAAGCGUCGACUCAGGACUCGAUUCGGAUAAAACAGGAACCGUCGAUUGAUGCUUCCAGUGAAAUUCCAACAUUGGAUGCUGGGUUCGAUCCUCUCCUUAGUAGCGUUUUCACCGAUUCUGAUAACGAGGAAGAAGAAAACGAUUCCGGUCCUGGCAAAAUAGUCUUCGAUAAUCAACCUGCCAAGGAUAUAGUCAGUUUACCAACAGAGGCUGAUCAGCAUGAACCCAGUGAGGCUGAAGCAAUCAUCACAAGCAGAACUACUCAAGGGCAAUUGGGCGUCGGUAGGAGUCAACCCCCCACCUUGAUCCUAGCUAGUCAACCGGAAACUGCGACACAGGAAUUGAUUCGGAUUAAGCAGGACCACAAGACUGAAGAUUUGAAAAACACAUCAACUUUGCAACCCGAUCAUGACCCAUAUCUCAAUAGCGUUCUUACGGAUUCGGAAGAUACCGAGGAAGAAAUCGCUCGGAGUUCCAGUAACGGAACACCAGGAAAAAAUAUCAACGAUGUCAUUACGGUAGACAAUCGACGAUCACCGUCCACCAAAGAUAAAAGCAACCCUGCAAUGAUUAAACAGCAAGAACCUAAUCGAAGUGAGGUAGAGAUUGUUAGCAGUCAUCCUCCAACGACGUUGAUCCAUUCCAGUUCAAAUGGAACUCCGGAUGCGACCGUCAAGCAGGAAUCUGAGAUUAAGGUUUUGGAUGAAACUCCACCUGCGGAUGCUGUCCACGAUCCAUAUCUUAAUGGCAUAUUCACAGAUUCCGAUGAUGAUGAUGAUGAUGAUGAUGACGAGGAAGAAGAAAACGUCCCGAGUUUCAAGAAUGUAAUCUCAAACCAGCCUUCCAACGAAGUCUCCACGUCUGAAAAUCGCAGCUUCCCUACUUCUGAAAAGACAAGCAAUCCGAAACCGAACAAAUGUGUGCAGGAUCAAUCGAAGACUGUUGAGGUUGAGAGACAAUCUGCGUCAUUGGUUGUUGCUAGUCAAGAGAAAACUCAGGAAUCGGUUCCACGAAAUACCUCGGAAGUUACCCUGGAUCCUCACAUCAGCAGCAUAUGCAGAGAUUCAGACGAUGAAAAUGAGGAAGAAACAAACAAAUAUUCUAGCCUAACAGUCGAAAACCUUAAUACGACUUCGGCGGACAAUAACCGCUCAUCUUCCUCCACAAAUCUAAGUAGCCAGAUCGAGAACCUAAAUCUUGAUCCAGCUUCAAGUUUAUGUCUCGAAAGUGAUAAAACCGUCCCGAGUGAUCCCAACUGCAGUAAUGCUAUACCUGCCACUCAAAACUCUUCAAAUUCUCCCACAAGAACGACGACAUCCCAUUGCUGCAGUGUCGUUGAUCGUCGUCUCGGAAUGCCGGCGUUGAACAACUCUCUCGAACCGGUUCCUCUGCAUUGCAUCGUGCGGCAAAGGAUUCCUCCGGUGACCGUUGCGGCAGAGUUAUCGUCCGGAGCAAGCCAACCUAGAAGUUCCGAAGUCGAUUCCAUCGAAAGUGAAGCGAUCGCACAACCAAUGAAAACCCCAGCAAAAACCACUUCCAAAACUACGGACGAUCUCUUAACAAAGGCUACUCAAACUGAUUAUUAUGAAAUGGUAUCGAAAAGCCCCGACCUUCGAACCAGUCGUUUUCACGUUAACAUUCCAUUCGGAUCUCAAUCACCAAAUCUGCACGUCUACAUGAACGAUUUGCGAAGCAAUAGAUCACGAACUCCUCCGAUCCAACCAUCAUCCAAAGACGAACUCGUUCGAUCACAUCCAACGCAUAUUCAACCACUACAAGACAGCCAGAAUCUUGGUGAUCCAAUCGGCCACAGUUAUCAGUCGACCGACUCCAACCGUUUGGUUAUCGCAUGGUCACCAAGCUCAUCCUCCAACUCCUCCGGCAUGACCCAGGUCUCGAAAGCGGAAGCACCUCCUACGGCGACGUCCCCGACCGGGCCGCAAUUCCGAGAGGAACAGUAUGACUCCAUUCGGCCUACCAUCGAAAGCCGGUUACGAUUGCAGGCCGUAUUACGCUCUUUGUGGCCGGAACUGUUCGCCAGGGGUGGAAGUUUUUGCGAUUUCCUACACCUGCUAUCGGUACUGGCCCUGAACAUAUUCCCUCGGUUGCAACCCACGAAUGACCACGGAGCGAUGGAUCUUCUAAGGAUGGUUACGCCGAUUGCCUGUCGGUUGGCGUACGGAAACUUUGAGCCGAUCGCGGACAAGCAGGCUAGGGUAGGUCCAGCGACUAGGAAGGAAGGUGUUUACGGAGACAGGGGAGCGGGCGGGGACGGUGCUGAAAGUAAUCGGUGCGGCCUGGAAGUAUUAGAUGAAACGCACGGGAAUUCGAAGUCGAGCAGUAUAGAUGAAAAACCAAUGAUAGUACUAUCGGAUGACGAUGAACAGGAAAAUCUGCCAGUUCGGACGAAACGCGAAUACCGCGUACACAAAUGAGGAGUCAUCCAAAACUACCACCAUGACAUGUGAUAUCUGUACAAAUAAGUUUUAACAUCGUUCCAUAAUACACGCCAAAUCGAGUUUAAAUAAUUCAUACAAACGGCCUAUUUAUUUCAAGUUUUAAUUUGUUUUAUAACCUUCCUAUCUCUGAUGCACGAUCUUUUGCGUCCGGGCGUCUUUUGCUUUCUUCUUUCAAACACACACGCACGCACACCCACACUAGCAAACAUUGCUUUGUUCAAUGAUCGUCAUCCCAGUUCCAUCCUAUUCCCAUUCUCUUCUGUUCUGUUCUUUUUCUUUCGCUAACUAUCAACCAAGUCAGUCAGUCAGUCAAUUAGUACUUAUAUUUAGGUAUGUGCAUCGGAUUUGACGCUCCUUUUCCACUCCAACUCUUUUGUUCUGUUUUGAAAGAAAAACUUCCGUGUUCAGUGAUAGCCAGUAGCAACUCAACGUCCAACUCCCGAUCGAGUUUUUCUCUUGGGUUCAAGACACGCAAGUAUACAGUGAUUCCCAAACCUUCA